CCGAGCAACAUGCUGCUUCUAUCGUUUAUCCUAGUUUCUUUUCUAUCAGUUAUUGAAAGCCAAUCUGGUCUGAUUUUAGAAAUUAUGCAACGAGAACGAAUCAAUGUGGCACUAUUGCUUCAAUGCAAUGUUGUUACAUCAUUUGAUAUUGUCAAGCAUCUUAGCGCUAAUUUUACUGGUUUAAUUCAAAUUUUGCAUAUGAACUCAGAUCGCUUUUACGAAUAUCAUUCGCGGAUUAUGAGCACACGACAUCAUAGGAUGUGUGUAUUUGUAGAUCUCGAGUGUCCUGAAGUUAUGAAAUUGUUGAAGCUUAGCUCGCAGCAUGCAUAUUUUAAUGGCUCUUAUCAUUGGAUACUCUAUUCACGAGCACGCCUGAGAAGUGUCAUUGAUAAAAUGAAGAAUCAAAAUUUAAAUGUGGACUCAAAAGUUACAAUUGCGUUGUACGAUCAAACAGAUGCGGAAAGAUAUAGCUUGUUUGAGAUAUUCAACACAGUUAAAAAGCAACAUGGUAAACUGAACGUUACUUUCAUUGGAUCAUGGACUCCGGCUGAAGGAUUGCAGUUGAUUUGCAAUACCAAGUCUUAUCUGAAUAGAAAAGAUUUGAAAGGCAUAACUCUAAUAACGUCUGCCUCUGUUUUGGGAGUCAAAUGGAAUACCACAUUAGAAGAACAUUUACAAAGCAUGGAUCCUCCGAACAAAUGGGCUGUGGACAGAUUUGGAUAUAGAAUAACCCACUUGCUUAGUCAUCAUCACAAUUUUAAAAUGAAAUUCAUCAUAACGUUAGGUUGGGGCCUGCAAUACCUCGGAACCAACUCAACUAAGGGCACCGUGGGCCAGUUGCAGCAGAAUUUAGUGGAUAUUUCUAGCGUGCCUCUGGCACUACAAUUGGAUCGACUGGGUUCUUAUGCAGCGGUUGGAGUUAUAUCAGUAGCUAAAUUUAUAAUCAUUUUUCGCCAUCCCAAGUACAGCUCGACGACGAACGUGUUUUUCCAACCGUUUGAAAGCUUUUUGUGGUUUGCAAUUGUUGCAGCACUAAUAACAUCCGUCAUUGCUUUCCUAGUGGUCACCAAAUUUAGAACAAGAGUUGAUGUGCUGGAUAAAAUUAACGUGACAUUGAUAAUAUUUGGAUUCUUCUGCCAGCAAGGGGUUUCAAUCAAAACAAUUCAACUUUCUUUUCGAAUGAUUGUUAUUGCUUUACUUUUGUUCAGUGUUAUAAUUUAUCAAUUUUAUUCAUCUUUCCUUCUUGGAUUUCUAUUAGUUCUACCUGCCAAAACUAUUAAAUCAUUAGAACAAUUGCUGGAAAGUGAUCUUCACUUAUCGAUCGAGGAAACUUCUUACAAUCGACUGUUUUUCAAUAAAACAAAAGAUCAAACUGCAAUUGAAUUGUACGAGAAAAAAGUUUUGCCCAAUAAGUACGGAUUUGUCGAUGCCAACACCGGACUUGCCCUCGUAAAACGUGGAGGACAUGCAUUUCAGUGCGAAGUAUCUUAUGGGUACAACAUAAUUCAAGAAUCGUUUGACCUUCAGGAAAUUUGCGAAGUUCAAGAAGUGAUACUAUUUCCGUUUCGGCCGCUGCACAUGGUGCUGCCGCUGGGCAGUCCGCUCAAAGAACUCUUCCGGGUUAGUGUGCGACGUUUGAUGGAAACGGGUGUAGCACAGUAUUAUACGAAUAAAUUUUACGCUCAAAGACCCCGGUGCGUUCAGAACAGUUACGCCGCCGUUCAGAUCAAAUUGAGCGACAUCGACGGACCAUUUUGGAUGCUGGCGUGGGCAGCGGGUGUGGCUUUUGCUUUGUUGGUGGUGGAAAAUGUUGUACAUAGGGUUAGCAUGUUUUUGGAGACGCGCAGGGUUUUGAGACAUUAUCCGGUGUGGCUUGAAUAAAUAGGCGGAAAGAAUUUCUAGGCGGCAAAAUUAAAAAAAAAACGGAAAAGUAGUUUGGUAAAGUAAUACAAAUAACACACGAUAGUUUGACUAGGA